CGAUAUACGGAAAACUAAAAUGCCAGAUCAUUUGGGAGCAGACCAGAGAAAGACGAAAGAAGAAGAGAAAGAUGAGAAGCCUAUCCAAUCACUCGAUGAGGGAGAUAUUGCACUGCUGAAGACAUAUGGAGUUGGUCAAUACACAAAGUCUGUGAAAGCAUGUGAAGAUGACAUUCAGAACAUACUUAAGAGGGUGAAUGAACUAGUAGGUAUAAAAGAAUCUGACACAGGUCUGGCCCCACCAGCUUUAUGGGACUUGGCAGCUGACAAACAGACAUUACAAAGUGAACAGCCCCUCCAAGUUGCUCGAUGCACAAAGAUCAUCAAUGCAGAUUCUGAGGAACCGAGAUACAUUAUCAAUGUCAAACAGUUUGCCAAAUUUGUGGUGGACCUGGGGGACCAGGUGGCCCCAACAGAUAUCGAGGAAGGGAUGAGGGUGGGAGUUGACAGAAACAAGUAUCAAAUUCACAUUCCUCUACCACCCAAAAUUGAUCCCAGUGUCACAAUGAUGCAGGUUGAAGAGAAGCCAGAUGUCACUUACAGUGAUGUAGGGGGAUGUAAAGAACAGAUAGAAAAGCUGAGGGAAGUGGUAGAAACCCCAUUAUUACAUCCUGAGAGGUUUGUCAACCUUGGUAUAGAUCCCCCCAAGGGCGUGUUGCUGUUUGGCCCCCCAGGGACGGGGAAGACACUGUGUGCCAGGGCAGUAGCCAACAGGACAGAUGCCUGCUUUAUUAGAGUAAUAGGAUCUGAACUGGUACAGAAGUAUGUAGGAGAGGGUGCCAGGAUGGUGAGAGAACUGUUUGAAAUGGCCAGAACCAAGAAAGCCUGUAUCAUAUUCUUUGAUGAGAUUGAUGCCAUCGGAGGUGCCAGGUUUGAUGACGGCGCAGGUGGGGAUAACGAGGUUCAGAGAACUAUGCUGGAGUUAAUCAACCAGCUGGACGGUUUUGAUCCCCGGGGUAACAUCAAGGUGCUCAUGGCCACCAACAGGCCAGACACACUGGACCCUGCACUGGUCAGACCAGGGAGGCUGGACAGGAAGGUGGAGUUUGGACUGCCGGAUCUGGAGGGUCGAACAGGUAUCUUCAAGAUUCAUGCCAGGUCUAUGAGUGUAGAGAAAGACAUCAGAUUUGAACUGUUAGCAAGGUUAUGUCCCAACAGCACAGGUGCCGAGAUCCGCAGUGUGUGUACAGAGGCAGGGAUGUUUGCCAUCAGAGCCAGGAGAAAGAUGGCCACAGAGAAAGACUUUUUAGAGGCGGUGAACAAAGUCAUCAAAGCAUAUGCCAAGUUUAGUGCUACGCCACGUUACAUGACAUAUAAUUAAGUGAAAGGAGAUAUGACGUUUGUGUGUGCGUGUAAUGUUAAAAUAUCCAUCUGAGACAGUAAGUUCAAGGUCAUGCUCUAGAAGGUGUUGUUUUGAUGCUGUUUCACAUUGCCGCACUAGGCACUUUCUCAAUAUCUUCGAGCGAAAAAGGUUGCAACUUUGCGUCCAUAGGACAGAUAAAAAUUGCCUGGGAAGAUGUGCUUUAAAAUCGUGGUCAGUAUUGUGGCCAAGUCAGCCAUCACAUGGUCGAAAAGUGGAGCAAAGAUAAAUAUUAAAUGUGUCAACAGGCUGGGAUACCGGUUAUUUGCCAAGCGACAUAAAAAUAACGUGUAAAUAUGCAGCUGGAAAUAUGCGGCACACCGUCAUUUAAUACCAGCUGUGUUCAGUGUGAAAAUAAAGAUAUGUUUAAUGUUA